CUAUUUACACACUCAUUCUUCUUUCAAACCUUUUCGGCCAUCAUUUAUACCUCUCUUCAUCCCAAUUUCUCAACAAAUCUCAGUUUUCCAAUUCUUCAUUUUUUUUAGUUCUCUCUCUAACUAAAAAAAACCCCUCAAAUUAUUUUUUAUUCUUUUAGCAAUUUAUACAAAUUACAUUGUGUGUGUUUACUUAUAAAAGCCCAUAUAAUGAUGAUGAAUUAUUGUUCAAAAGAGUACAAUAAUAACAUCCUUAAUAUUGGUACGAAUAAGGGGUACUCGGCGGUGGCGCGGUGGCGGAGGAGGCGGCGGAGGACGAUGUCGGCACGGCGAGGAUUGGUUCGGAUGAAAGUGAAGAAGCUACAAAGCUUAAUUCCAGGUGGAAAAGGGUUGAAGCCUGACCUUCUUUUUCUUAAAACAGCAGAUUAUAUCUUACGUUUGAGGUUACAAGUUAAUUUUUUGCAAGCACUUUCCAAAAUUUACCAUAAUUAAUUAUUCACUUUAUUAUAUAUAAAAAAUUAUUUAUAUAUGUAUUUUAGCUUGAAUUGUAGAGCUAGUAGUAAAUUAAUUAAGUACUUCUCUCUC